UGACUUCUAUACUGCUCUUUAGUUCCUGUCCAGCUUGAACGGAAUGCUCUCUCUGCAGGAGUUCCCUUUGUCACCACGUGAUUUAAAGUCUUUUGGCCAAAAACUGACUCAGAAGAUAUGAUGAGGAACUAAAAUGUCAAAGAAGAUCAGCUGGGGCAGAAUGCUUCAUUUUUUGGGAGAGCCUGCUGUUGUUCACUGUGUGAAAGAUUUUUUUCAAAAAGAAGCUUAAAGGGUAGCGACCCUGCCCUAACUUUAGCCGGAAAGCUUUUUGAGGAAACACAAAAUGAAUCCCGAGACAAAAAAACUGUUGAACAUCAUUGUCCUAGGAACAGCCUUUAUGUUUAUGUUCACUGCUUUCCAAACAUGUGGAAAUGUUGCGCAAACCGUUAUCACAAAUUUAAAUCACACUGAUUUCCAUGGCAGUGGCUAUACAAGCAUGGCUGUUAUUUAUGGGGUGUUUUCGGCAUCCAAUCUUAUCUCGCCUUCGGUGGUUGCCAUCAUAGGACCGCAAUUGUCCAUGUUUGUUAGCGGUAUCUUUUACAGCAUAUAUAUUGCCGUUUUUAUCCAGCCUUCUACUUGGAGCUUCUACACAGCGUCUGUUUUCCUUGGAAUAGCAGCUGCUGUACUGUGGACUGCUCAGGGAAACUGUCUGACAAUAAAUUCCAACGAAAACACCAUUGGCAGAAACAGUGGCAUCUUCUGGGCAUUACUACAAUCCAGUUUGUUUUUUGGAAAUCUAUAUAUAUACUUUGCCUGGCAAGGGAAAAUUCAUAUAUCAGAAAACGACCGUAGGACCGUCUUCAUUGCUCUGACAGUGAUUAGUCUUGUGGGGACUGUUCUGUUUUUUCUCAUUAGGACCCCAGAAGAAUCAAAUUCAGAGGAAGAAGAAGCUGAUGCCUCUACUGACAACCUCAUAGAACGCACGUCUGGCCAAAGCAACAUGACAAGGGCCGUCGAUGCAUUUAAAAGAUCCAUCAAGCUGUGUGUCACAAAAGAGAUUCUGCUGCUUAGCAUCACAACGGCCUAUACAGGUCUGGAGUUAACGUUCUUCUCUGGAGUGUAUGGGACCUGUAUAGGUGCGGUAAAUAAAUUUGGUACUGAAGAAAAAAGUCUAAUUGGACUCUCUGGUAUUUUUAUUGGUAUUGGAGAAAUAUUAGGUGGAGGAAUCUUUGGCCUUCUGAGCAAAAACAGUCGUUUUGGCAGGAACCCAGUGGUGAUGUUAGGCAUUGUGGUCCAUUUUGCAGCCUUCUAUUUGAUUUUCUACAACAUGCCAAACGAUGCCCCCAUCGCCUCCAUCCAUGGCACAGACAGCAUAGCAUUCAUGGAACCAAGCAAAGAACUGGCAAUUUUCUGCAGCUUCUUACUGGGUCUAGGUGACAGCUGUUUCAACACUCAACUCCUCAGUAUUUUGGGAUUCCUAUAUUCAGAAGACAGUGCACCUGCCUUUGCAGUCUUUAAAUUCAUCCAGUCUAUCUGUGCCGCCAUCGCGUACUUCUACAGCAACUACCUGCUUCUUCAGUGGCAGCUUCUGAUUAUGGCCGUGGUGGGGUUCUUUGGGACACUUUCCUUCUUCACCGUGGAGUGGGAGGCCCCAGCCUUUGUGGCCAAAAACACAGAUUACAGCACCAUUUGACGGAGGCGGUUUCAGCGGCCCGCAACAGUAUUCACAUGCAGAGACACAAGGACGUGCUCCUUGGAAAAGACUUGAUAGCAUCUUCUGUUAUAGAACACAGGGAAGACUGAACUCCAAAGUUUAAAAAGCUUCCCCUCCCCUUAUCAACUUGUUGUGAUGGGUAUUGCAUACUACAAUGUGGAAGAAUAGCCUGGCCAUUGGGGCAGCGAAGCCUCUUCUUAAUUAUUUCCACUUGCCAAGUGCCUGCAUCUUAUGCUUAUGCCCACCUAUUGUGGAGACCCUUUAUUCUUUUUAAUUUCAUUCCUUUUUCAUUUUUUACUUGACUGUCUCUGAAGCAAACAGUCUUUUCAGAACACCCCCUGCCCAAGUAGAUGAGGAUAUUUUUUCACAAGAUGGAAGGCCAGUUCACUUUGUGGAUUUAUACGGAAAUCCAUGGAGGGUUUCCAAUGCUUUUAAAAUAACCCCAGUUCCAUUUUUCUCCAAAUAACUCUAAUGUUCUUACAUUAUAAUGUGAAUGAGCGUCAGUUUUUUAAAAGAGGAGCUAUAUAUUAUGGGAUAAUAGCAUAAGGGAAUGAAAUGCAUUGGCACAAGCUAUUUUAGCUAAUUUUAGCUGAGUCUCAUCUGAGGUAAAAAUGAUUAUGGUCCAGAACCCCCGUAGUCCCCAUAUUCCUGUGUGCUCUGAGACUAUUUAUAUUAUAUUUUCUCAGGAUCAAGUUUAUAAUGAUAUUUGCUGCUUUGAAACUGUGUAGGAAAUGCACUCCAGAGACUCCCAAAUACUUUACCAUAGUGAUCCCACAAAUAUUCAAAUACCCUGGUGUUCUGCAUGGCUUGCAGCAGGCAUAAAAUUUCUCAGCUGCACAGGUAGGGACCUGAUUACGGAAAGUGCUGUGCUGGAUUCUAGCCUCAUUCUUUUACUUUACUGGCAACAUCAUUUGGGGAAAUUUGCCACCACAGACUUUUAAUAUGUUUUUUUUAAUGCUUGCUUGGAAGAAUAAGAUCUCAUGACUUUAGCAUUGUCAGGAUCCCAGGGAGGAACAGUGCUCUCCUGUGCAUGUUUACUCAGAAGUAGGGCUUACGCCCCAGUAACUAUGUUCAUAGCUGCCAAGUUAUCCCUUUUUUAAAGGGAUUUUCCAUUAUGCUGAAUAGGCUUCCUCGCAAGAAAAGGGAAAACUUGGCAGCUAUGACUAUGUUACAGAUUGCAGCCUUAAAAUGUAAAUGUAGGGAAAAGUAGUGUGAAAACCAUAUGUGACAAUCAUGGUGUCUGUGUACAGAUAGUGUCUGCAUAUACACAACUAGAGACAUUGAAUUGCAUACAGUGAUACCUCGGUUUACAAACACAAUUGGUUCCGGAAGUCUGUACUUAACCUGAAGCGUACUUAACCUGAAGCGAACUUUCCCAUUGAAAGUAAUGGAAAGUGGAUUAAUCCGUUCCAGAUGGGUCUGCGGAGUACUUAAACUGAAAAUACUCAAACUGAGGUGUACUUAAACCGAGGUAUGACUGUACUCUGUGCUUAAAGGGACAAGUGGAAAAAUGCAGUACACUAAGCCCACAACGUAUGCACAUUUGACAUUCAGUUUUACGUGCUUGGCAAUUUUUUUUUUAAAGGGGUAUCCAGGAAAAAAUACUUUGGCAAUUCCACUUGCAUUGCACACAAUGGGUAUUGACUACGGUAUAUGCAAUUUUGACAUUAGGCAUGAUACCUGGAACAAACCCCCGAUGUAAAUUGUGGGCUUACUUGGCUGGCAUCCUCGAGUUCAUUGUCGGGAAUUUGGUGAGAUUACUAUUGAAUAAACUACUUGGGGGUUAAUCACAUUUUCCAAGGGAAUAAUUUUCCAAGAGCAUUGCUGAGAGUAAAGAGCUUAUUGUUUGGGGCAAUGGGUGAGGAAUCAAAAGGAUAAUUCUAGUACUAUGAACUUCUCAAUGCAAAGCCUUGUUGAACUUGAUUAGUUAAUUUUAGUGGGGCUUGUGUAGAUGUGCACAGUGAAUUGUAUUCAGAAAUUUUCAAAUAGUUGCUGCAAGGUAACCCCAUUGGAUAGUACCUAGUGUUGCAUGACCAGGAGUUUGCUCAUGCAAUGGCGGAAUCUCAUGCCGGAGGAAAACAAUAUCCUUUCCCUCUGUAUGGGGCGCUUCUCCCCUCACACUGGAGUCCUGCAUGAUGCAGUCUGCAGAGUUUGGUGGACAUCCUCUGGGUAGGCUUGUCAGAGGGUAGAGAGGCUGCAGGGGGAGGAAAGGAAGCUUGUGCUAUCUGAGCUUCUUCAAACUGUUGGUCUGACCCAGAAGUGGAGGCUAAGGAUGUCAAGGGACAAAUGCCAAAUGAAGCAAAAGGAUUCCAGAAAUAGGGCAUUGGUCCCAUCAGCCAUUGUCUGUCUCGGAGGGGAGAGACACAGCUGCCCACAUGCAGAACCUGGCACAUCUUUUUAAAAAAUCUCAUUUGAGAAGAGACAUCACCACCACCACCAAAGGUAAUUAGUUAGGGUAAUUAGAUGUUGCUGACAUAAAUUUUGCAAUACACAUGCCUUGCUGCCCCAGAUUAUUUCCAUUCAUGAAAUGAUUUUGUGAUCAGCCAUUCUAGUUUAUUGUCAUACUUUUGUUAUUUUUUUUUAAAAAAAAUGAUGACUCAAAGUAUUCUCAUUUUUAUGGCACCAGUUUUGAGAGUAUUGAGAAUAGCUCCUUGUUUCAUUUCUUUCUGUGAUUACAUCAUCUGAAUAAAAGUGAACUUCAACCAA